GAAUGAAGAGUAUACAGAAUUAGCAGUGACAAUGUGGGAAGAAUUAAGAGUCACAGAGAUGUUUGGUGUCAGUAUACUUUCUGUCGCAAAAGGGAAAAAGGUCAUUCCACGUGUGCUGCGACACUGUCUUCCCGAUCAAAUCCUUACGUUAAUCACCAUGUUGGUUGCCAAUUUCGAAGCACUUGAUGUUUGCAAGUGUGUGAUUUGGGGACCUCAAGGAAUAAUUAGCCCUGUAAUGUUAGAGGAAAUUGAAUUAUUUAUGAACACUGUUGUUCCACCUCUGUUGCAAUUUGUAGCAGAGGCACCAAUGAGAAUUGUACUUGGGUUAUUUGGGUUGUUUAUUGAAAGAAAUAAUAUUGUUUGGGUAGCGAGGAGUAAGGUUGGGUUGGCUUUUCUAACGAUGUUUUUGAGCCGCACUGAAAUCUUAAAACAAGGUGGUGGUACUAUGCAAGGUUUACCUUUACCAGAAGAACGAGAAUUGUUGCAAUG